CUGAGGGCCUGUAGGAUGGGAGGCUGGCAAGGCGCAUGGGCAUACCUUUCUUACCCCACGACAGCGAACACUAAUUCGGGGGCAUACCUGACGCCUGCCAGAGCAGCAGAGCAGUGACAACCAUGAUCUCAAACGUGGCUAGGCCGGAGAUAUUGCAAGUGUCCAGUUCCGCUUCCCGGGAUGCAUCUGGCAUGGUCCAAGGAUUCGACCUAUCAUUGUCCACCAUAGAGCGUUCAAAACCAAGAAAGACUGUUUCUCUCGUACCUGAAUGGAGCUGGCGUGCGGCAUCGGCUUGCUCUUUUUUAGGUCUGACGUGCAGAUGCGAACGGAUAGCUGCAUGGCAAACCGUAGAGACGCCACUCCCGCCUUUUCGACCUACCAAUCAGGUGUCUGCACCCCAAACAGCACAAGCAGCGGAGGCGGGGAUAAGUAAGAUCUUCACCAGGAUCCCAGGGUUUGAAGGACAGCCCUAUCAGUCUUGCGCUUCAGACUGCGUUGUACAUAUAGGAGCACACCCCACACGGAGGCCUGCACUAUUCCUGAGCCCUUUUCCCCUUCUUCAUGUGCCAGAAGGGGCAAGAAUCGCCACUUUGAUUUUAGGCAGCUUGCAUGGGGCCGAUGCUGUCAGUUGUCGAUUUGCAGUCUAGAUGCCGUUCAUGCGACUCCGGCACGUGGAUGGGGUUGUCCAGUUAAAACACCGGUUGGCUUUGGCAAGCCUCACGAUGUUCGCGCUUCCUUGUCACUUCCCGCAGGUCUCGUCGUAGGAGAUCUGCCUGGGAAAGAUACGUCAUGUGUUCUUGCGGCCUCACUCGGAGAGGAAGUGCACCGACCUCGGUAGAAGAUGGCAGUCGGAUUUGUCCGUUGCGGAUGGAUGCGGUCUAACAG